AUGAGUGCCCAGUUCGUUCGACCCUGGCGGGCAGAAGAGGCCAGUUCUUUUGGCCCUGAGUGCCGAGUUCGUUCGACCCAGGCGGGUAGAGAUGAGUGCCCAAUAUUUCUUUCUUUGUUCCCGUUUCUCUCUUCCUUUCAAUUAUUUUCUCCUACUUCUUUCUUUUUUAUUUUAAACGACUGCAUCUGCCUUUCUUUCUAUCUUUUCUUUUAUAUUCUGUUUCCGAUAUUUUUUUAUAAUAUAUUUGCAAUAUACUUUUCUUACUUUUCAUCUAUAUCGAAUUCAUUCUUUCUUUUUUUAAUCAAUUCCGAUCAUCAUUCUUUUUUCUUUCCUUCCUUCCCUGUUUUUUUCUUUCAUUCAUUCAUUUCUUCUUCCAUUUUUCUUUCUUUUCUUUCUUUCUUUCUUUCUUUCUUUCUUUCUUUCUUUCUUUCUUUCUUUCUUUCUUUCUUUGCCUUCAUAUUCUGUUUCCAAUAUAUUUUUCUAUAA